AUGAACGAGGACUGGGACGUGGAGCAGCACAAGGUGGAGUACGAGUCCGACGAGCACUGGGAAUUGCGACGUAAAUUUCUGCUGGCCCACAAGAAUAAGUUCUCGGAGGAUAUGCUCGUUUGUUUAGCCCAAGUGUUCGUUAAUGUUGAACUGUUAGGAUGCAGGUAUCCACAAGAAACAAUGGACCUGGUGAAGGAAUUAUCGGAGGAGGUUGCGGCCGAUUAUAGAGAAAAGCAAAAGAAAAAGUUACAAAGAACUUUCGUGCAAGCGUCAGAUGCAGCUAGUUCUAAGGUGAAAGGAUGCACUGCUAAGACAUCUACUGUCACAGAAGAAUCUAUGUCGAACACACCUAAUCAAGUACCACACACAGUCAAUCUUAAUCAAUCACAGCCAAUCACAACCAGUCGAUCUCGUAAAAAGCGCAAUUCCAGAAAGAAUGAAAAGCUUGAUACUAAAAAGUCACUCCCUACUGCUACAAGAGAAUCUAUAUCUAAUAUGAUAAGUUAUAACUAUCAGUCUUGCAAAAAUUCUGAUAAUGAGGAAGGCCCAUCUAAAAGAUUAAAAACAGAGGAAAACGUAUCAUUUAAAGAUAAUGAAGAUCAUCCAUAUGGAGAUUUUGUUUUAUGGGAAAGGCCAGGUGACAAUGCCCAAAGUAUAUUGGAAAUGUCAGCUGCUGUAUCCGGCAUGGCCUUAACAUACAAUUGCACUAAGAUACCUGAAAAAGGCUGGGAAUGCUCUCUCAGUCUCUCAGAGAAAUUAAGUUGCAGCAUCAAUACCAAUAAGAAAGUUGCCAAAAAAGAAGCAGCUAUCAUUGCAUUAGAAAAAUUACAAAAAUACUGUUAUACAAUUAAGGUUAAACAAGAAUUAGGUACAAACUCAGACAUAACUGUAACGACAGACGAAAUAAAGUCUCAAGAAUCUCUCGCCGACGAUGGAGAUUGGAAAGGAUCUAAUACCAUUGGAAAUAAAUUGAUGAAGAUGAUGGGUUGGGCUGGCGGUGGUCUUGGAAAAUCAGAGCAGGGUAUUGUGGAACCCAUGUCUGCAAUGGUCAAGACACAAAUAAACCGAGAAGGUCUAGGCCUAAAACCAAAUUCUCAUAAGGCACAAAGCGGCGAAGUAAAAACCAAAUGUCGAAAAUUGUUUAAAAAUCUUUUACAAAUGGAUGAUUGUAUGCGAAAUGAAAUUGUGUUCUUGGAUUUUUCUAAGGAAGAUAGAAAGUUGAUUCACGAAGUUGCACGAUCAAUGGGCCUUAAAUCACGUAGUUACGGUAAAGAUCAACGAAAAUUGAUAGUCUCACGUAAGAUUAACACAUUGGGUCUGAUUAAAGAACUGAUCAGUCUUGGUGGAGCCACUGAUAAGUAUGAACUGAUAAAACCGACAAACGAAAAAUUUGUUUCAUUGCCAGCUUCCUCGAAUAUUUAAAUAUGAAAAAAAUAUGUAUAUAUAUAUAUAAAUGUAAAAAAAUGUGUUCCAAAUGAUAUCUUCUGUGACAUUGAUGUAGUAGUUUGGAUUGUAAAAUAAAUGCAUAACUUUUUUUUUA